AUGGGGCCCCCGGGCAAUACGGGAUCAUGGGGCCCCUGUGUCCUUGCCCAAACUCAAAAAAGCCUAUGAAAAAGUUAAUCUUGUGUCCUCUUUAAAAACAUGAAACGUGUGCAACUUAACAUGGAGAAAGCACACUGUUUCGGACCAAAAAAGACAGGAAUCCAACCAGGGGUGGACUGACAACUCAUGGGGCCCCCGGGCAAUGGGGGAUCAUGGGGCCCCUGUGUCCUCGCCCACACUCAAACCACACCCAAAAAAGCCUAUGAAAGGUACCAGGGGCAUCUCAUGGGGCCCCCUACUGACCCCAGGCCCUCGGGCAGUGCCCGAGUGCUUGAAUGGUCAGUCCGCCCC